AUCUUGUGUAUGCGGUUUAAAAGUUUGCAAGGAUGCAACAGCAACAUGAACAGAGACACGAUAUCGCUGCCGAUUGUUGUUACCAACAAUGGGCCACGCAUCAUCCGGGUCAGCAUGGUCAGUCCAUCGCCAAUGUGCCAUCACCUAUGCAGCAGAUGGAAGCCUGUUUGCAAUCGGCAGGAAGAGCGAAACGAUCGCGUAGCCCUCCGAGCUUACCAAAAGCAUCGCUAACACCGCGUGUUACCAAUUCGUCGGUAUCUUCGACGGCUACCAUCGAAUCUCGUAACGACAGUAACAACAACAACCAUCAUCACGGUGAUCAUCAUCCGAACGAGAAUGGCGGUAAUUCGACGGAAGAAAUCAGUUCGAAAAGGCCUCUUCAUCCUGCUCUGGUCGGCGCUGGAGCCGCGCUCGAGGCGAAACCACUCUGGGAAGAAUUCCAUCAAUUAGGAACUGAAAUGAUCGUGACCAAAGCUGGUAGAAGAAUGUUUCCUACUUUUCAGUGUCGAUUUUUCGGCUUGGACCCCAAUACCGAUUAUUUGUUAGUGAUGGACUUCGUUCCCUGCGACGACAAAAGGUACAGAUACGCUUUCCAUAGCAGUGCCUGGGUGGUUGCCGGUCGCGCAGAUCCUGUCUCUCCUCCAAGGAUUCACGUUCACCCUGAUAGUCCUGCCAGCGGUGCACACUGGAUGAAGCAGCCGGUUUCGUUCGACAAGCUGAAACUCACCAAUAAUCAACUCGAUGACAACGGGCAUAUAAUCUUAAACUCGAUGCACAGAUAUCAGCCACGUUGCCACGUGGUAGUGGCACCCUCGCCACCUGGUUCAGCCCCGGAUCCUCGCACAGAGAACUUCAAAACGUUCACCUUCCCUGAAACCCGGUUCACCGCUGUGACCGCCUACCAGAAUCAUCGCAUCACGCAGUUGAAGAUCGCCAGCAAUCCGUUUGCCAAAGGUUUCCGUGAUUGCGAGUCGGACGAGUGCGAUUCGGUCGCUGUUUCCAGCAUGCAAAAUCCUGCGAAAAGACCAGCCACGGGAAGUACCAGCGUGCUGUCGUCCAGCUACGUGAAUACCAUACCUGCCGUACAAAUUCCAAGCAUAUCGAGCCAGGAACACCAUCAAUUUUACGGUCCAACGGCAACGGGACCAUGGGCUUAUCCUGGACACCAUGGACAACCAACUGCACACAUGAACUCCGUCCAUUAUCCUGCGCAUCCUCAUCAUCCUCAUCCGGGAGCGUCUUUAUACGGACCGCGAUAAUUCGGGUUUCUUUGUUGCCUGCGAAAAUUUAUGCGAACGUUUCAGUGGAGUUUCGUUUCCCUUUGUGAAUUGUGAUCGUGAUAAGAUAGGUACAUACUUGUAUGAUAGCAAGGUGUAUCCGUUAAAGGGAAAAUUAACACCUUAUCAUCGAUAGGUUUUUGAAAAAUUUUGAGAAAUUCCUUUCUUCUAUUGGUUUCAAAUAUGUUUGUAAUUGCAACUUGGUUCCUGGUGUUUUUACAUUCUCGAGGUAGGUGUAGGUCCCACUGAUAAGGUGUUAAAAUUUGAUACCAAAGGUAGCCUGAAACAACGUUUACCAAAGAGUAAGUAUUAUACGAAUUAAACGAGUCGUGCCUUACCAAAGACUAAAUCACAUGGAAUAUUUUCGAAAGUUAUACCAAAGAUGUCGAUUAAUCUUAAGUAUCUAGCAUAGAAUCAGUUAAAUUAUAUUCGUAUCUAAUGCGUCGUUGUAAGUAGAAUUUUAAGAGCAAUUUAUUAAAAAAGAAAUAUUUUUAUCGUGCUUCCUUUAACAGCAGAUCCUCCGAUAAAUGUUUACAUCGUUUAUUUAAAAGCUACGUGUUUCUGAUAAAUAGCUUCGAAUGAUAUUAAAAUACUUAUGACUAGGUGAGAAUUUAUCGGGGAAUCUCGUAACGAUGAAAAGGAAGAAAACUUUUGGAUACCACCGUUGUUCACGAUGAUCGAAUCGCGUGAUACAAAUCGGUUUGUGUCGUAGGUCCGUGGUUGAACGGUCGAAAAAGAAAGUGCCUUUUGUAGGAGCAAAGUGCAUCUAUUUAUACAGGGUGUCUGAAAUGCCAAACGAGCCUAAAACGUUCCCGAGCCAAGACGGGAAAAGUAAACGCACCGUGACAACCCAUGAGAGAGCUUGGCUACUAAGUGCCUUAAUAAAUUAUCCCCCAAGUAUCGUGUGCCAUUGUGUUUCGAAACUUUCCUCCCUAUUAAAACUUACGCUUCUCUCUGGAGAAUCUAACUAGUAUUAAGCAACUCAAGAGCGCUUCUAAUUACACAACUGUUGCUGUACGUAUUCAAAGAGAGAAAAAAAAAAAAAAA